CUGAGAAACAGUAGUUUCUUUAGGACAGUCGUACUGCCUGAAAUCGAUAGAAAUUCAACGACUCCCGACACACCGGUCGCGUCCAAUACCCCGGUUUCAGCGGAUGAUGUUGUCACCAAUCAUUAUUGUGAUCUGAAUAGAAACGUGCACAAUCCAGUGGCUUUCGCGGACGUUGUAUCUUAUCCGAAGCGCGGCAUGAACAAGGGACGCAAAAGUAACGUCCGUUUGCGGAAGGGCACACAGCGCGAUGAACCGGAGCUUGCGACGGUGGAUCCGGAUAGUAGAGAACGCAUGCUGGCGCUAAUGCACCAGUCGUUUCUGCAGCAGCUGGAACAAUGUUCGUUUGCUGUACCGUUUCCGUUCGGCAUUCCAAAUCUAUCAGCAAUGCUCACCAAUGCUGGUCAUCGUCUCGGGGCAUCUGCUGACAGUAACGCCGCAGCCAAAAAACCAGAAGAUGAUGUUCUUAACUUGUCAAAAAAGAAAACCAGUGAUACGCAGAAGCCUUCGAAUGUUCAACACUCUAGACCUCAAAACAAUCGAUCCGCUCUACCAGAUUCUUUGCCUUUCAAUGAUUUGGAGGCGAUGGUUAAUCUUCCUGCUGAUACCCGUGUUCCUGUUGUUGACUUGAAAGACGGCAGAAGAGUUUCGGGUGAAGACGCCCCUACUUUACGGAAUCUUGCACACUGGUUGUCCGAGAGGCCUACUUGUGUCAUUGACAUGUCUUCAAGUGCAGUACGUGCGAACAGCGGUAACGGUACUACCGAGGUGAAGCCAAGCGAAGACGACGGUUCAAGACAAGGAGGCAAUAGGUUAGCUGCGAAUCAUCAUUCGACGGCCCCUAGUUGUUCGUCUUCAGCACCGGUAGCGUCGACUUCGGCAUCUGAUAUUUUCGCUGCCAGUCAGAUCGACCCUUUACAGAUGUCAUCGUUGUUCCCUUUUUCGGCUGCUCAAAACUUCCUCGGUCUGCCCGGAUUUCCAUUUUUUCAAAAUGCAUCUUCUGAAAAUUUACGGGAAAAGCCUUCCACUGCCGGCGGGACCACUCAGAGAUCUGAGGCAGCUUCGGGUAAAUCUAGCAAGGACAACGAAAGCGCCGAAUCAGCCUUGGAAAGAAAUGCCCAGAUGUUGUUCAGUCAAUAUCUGUUGUCUAACUCUCAAUUGUCCAGCGGCAUCUUCGGUCUCAAUCCAUUGUUAGCCGCCGCCGGUAUCAUGAUACCGCAGCUGGGAAUAUUCCCAUCGAACAUGGCCGCGAUGGCGCAGUUGCAGCUGUUGAUGGACUUGCAGAACAAAACCACUUCUGGCGGUAGUGGGGGUGGUCACUCGUCAUCAUCGAACGCUCGGCUAACUGACAAGUGUAAAGUGGAAGCGGCCGUUGAGAGGACUAGAGCGAUGACGAAAACCACAUCGACGAACAAACGCCCCCUCAGCAGUGGCAAUAAGAUCAGCACCGUAGUGUCGAAGUUGACCGAAACGACAGCGUCCCUGAAAAAGGCAGCAGUGAUACAACUGACAGGCGCUGACAAGAAGACGCCUUGCUCUGCUGCAGCCAAUCCCAUCAAAGCUCCACUCCGCUCCCCACUUCAGCUGGCCUCUCCAUCCACCGCCCCCCACCCCGACAAAACCAACAGAACAAGUAACGACGCAGCUGCCUCCAACUCCGCUACAGAACCAUUGCCUUUAACUGUGAAAGCCGUACAUAAUGGUUAA